AGGUAGUUGGGCGAGAGCGCGAGUUUGGUACGAAGGAGGAGGCAUUGCGGUCUGCCUGGCUGAAAGCUCGCUGCUGCCGAAAGCGGUCUUACUCCGUGGCCUCUUGCGGUUGGGGCUCGCAUUUGCAGCCGAGGCGGUCCUCGGUGGCUUUCCCGCGCUUUUGGUGCCUCGUUCUCUCCCGCGGAGGACCACUCGAGCAGCAGGCGGGGCUGGAGCCCAGCAGGAGCCCGCAGGUGGCCAACGCCGCGCGCCCCCUCAGCCCCAGAUUCCCCUCCUCCUCCGCCCAGAUGAUGGCAGCGGCCGCAGCAGCCAAGCCCGCCGAGUUGAUGGGCAUCAGCUCAAGCUACCAGGCGGUCAUGCCGCACUUCGUGUGUAUCGCCGAGGAGUACCCUCAGCCCAUCCGGCCCGCCAAGCUGCCCAAGGGCAAGCUGCGCAGACCCCGGCAGUCUCGCUUCAAGACCCAGCCGGUAACCUUCGACGAGAUCCAGGAGGUGGAAGAGGAAGGGGUCUCCCCCAUGGAGGAAGAGAAAGCCAAGAAGUCCUUCCUGCAGUCCCUCGAGUGCCUCCGGAGGAGCACCCAGAACCUCAGCCUGCAGCGGGACAAGCUCAGCAGCUGCAGCCGGCUGAGGAACAGCCUGGACUCCAGCGACUCCGACUCUGCCCUCUGAAGGGGAGGGGCGGCUUGGACUGCUGGGCGCCCCCGGCCAACCCCAAGCGCGGAGAGAGAGACUGGCAAAGGACUUGAGCCCCCCCCCCGCCGCCGCCCCCCUUCAGUGUGGUGCUGCUGCUUCAUAGUGAAGUUGGCAGAUCACAAACCCAGGAGAACUUCGCAGAGUAUAUUUUUUAAACCGGACGACGAGACUAUUUCUGAAGGGAUUUGUUGCGGAUAACGUUUGGUUCCCCCCCUCCCCCAACGGCUGCUGGACACUCUCGCUUGAUUUUGUAUCAUAGAUCCAAAUUCUAACAGACUGGGAGACAGAGAUUUGGAACCGUGGUUUUGGACGGAUGAUGUUUCUUUGCUCCCCCUUUAAAACCAAAAACCUCCGAUUAAAAAAAAACAGUGUGAAUGUGCUAGAGUCAAAGAACAGUUUGCAAGUGAGGUCGGGAUAUUUUUUAAAAGAAAGUGCUUGUAUGUAUGUUCUACCUUGGCUGUUUUUUAUUUAAGAAAAAAAUGCACAUCCCUUUUCUAACUGUUAAGAAAAAAUGAGAUGUUUUAUGAAC